UUAAAUUCGGAAAAAACACCAUUUAAUAGUUUAUCUUUUCUUGUCCAUCAUGUCUUCUCUAACCUCCCUCUCCCACUACUAUUCAUCGUCCUUAAACUUUUCCUUUUUCUUGUUCAAAUGAAUCCAAUCCCAUUAAAGGUUUCUUCUUUUCUCCUAUUUAAUCCAAACCCAUUUCAUAAAACGUCAAAAACAUUAAAAAUUCAUCUCCAAAGAAGAAAAAUAUGGUUUUUGUAAAUGAUCAAGAACGGUUCUGUUCUUCUACAACACCUAAGCUUCCUCUGUUUUCAUAUCCAAUGAAUAAUAAUAACAGAGCAUACGAAACAACUCCGGGGUUAGCUACACCACCGGUUAAUAUCGCCGGAUCUGUUCCUUUUCAAUGGGAAGAAGCUCCAGGGAAGCCUCUUCGUAUUAAAAAACCGGCGAGGUCGUCGAAUCAGAGAGGUGUCGUGAGAGGUCUUGACCUUCCUCCGAGGCUUCUCUUGCCGGGAGAAACCACGACGUCGGUGAACGAGCCUUCUCCGACGACUGUUCUUGACGGUCCUUACGAUUUACGUCGUCGUUCACUGUCGCUUCCGAGAUCGUCAGCUGUGAUUAGGAAGCUUAGAGGAGUUGUUCCGGCGCCGGCUCCCGAGAAAGAACAGAGGUUGUUUGGUGGUGGGUCGAGUAGAUGGGGAAGUUUUGGGAAAUGUAAAGAUGUGUCCGAGGGUAUAUUUGACUUUCCACGUUUUAGAGACGACGGUUGUCAUUGCCGGAAGGAUUGGACCGGAGGAGGAGUCGCCGGAGACGGCGGUGCAAAAGUGAAACUUUUUAGGAUUAAGAGAAAAGAAGGAAGCUUUUUUAAUCUCUCUCAUACAACAAAGUCUGAAUUUUGGGCAAGGGUUUACGAAGGGUUUAAGCAAGUGAUUCCAUGGAAGCGUAAGCAAGAGGGUCUUCAAAGAACCAACUCUUCCAUUGUUUAAAAAUCGAAUCUAUUUAAUUCUACAGUUUUAAUUUAAUUUUCUAUAGUAAUUUGGUAUACUAAUUGGUCUUCUUUUGUGUGCAUACUUUUAUUUUAUACAAAUCUGUCAAGGAAACAUUUUAAUACUAUUAUGAUUUACAAUGACAACUAGGUUUUUAUU